CAUAGAGGCAGGUCAUAGCGAGAGGGCUUUGAGAUGGUCAGACCAUCCUUUUGACUGCCACGCUGGAACAAGUCUGAGCUCUUCGUCAUGGGGCGAGGCAAGAAUCCUCGUGUCUACCUAGACAUUUCCAUUGGCAGCCGAACAGGCGGCCGGGUGAUCAUCGAGCUCUUCCCCGACAUCACCCCAAGGGCUGCGGAGAACUUUCGUGGCCUAUGUACGGGAGAAUAUGGCUUGGGCCGAAAUACCAAGAAGCGGCUGAGCUAUGAGGGCUGUCAGAUCUUUCGCUCCGUGAAGAACUUUAUGAUCCAAACUGGUGACUUUCAGUUCAACAACGGAGAUGGUGGUGAGAGCAUCUACGGGGGCACCUUCAAUGAUGAGGACUUUGUUAGGCGGCAUACCCAGGCAGGCGUUGUCAGUAUGGCCAACAAAGGCCGAAACAGCAAUGGCUCACAGUUCUUCAUCACCUUGAAGCGCAGUGUGCAACUUGACAACAAGCACAUUGCUUUCGGUCAGGUGGUUGAAGGGAUGGACGUGAUCCGUGCAGUAGCUGCCGUGCCAACCGACCGGGACGAGCGCCCACGGGUGUCUUGCACCAUCGUUGGUUGUGGAGAGGUCGGCGCAAAGACACAAAGUGGAGUCGACUUCCACACUGAGAUGAGCAAGCAGAUCCAAAACCUGACAGAAGAUGUUGCCCCUAAGGCGAACGCCGCGCAACAGGGGAAGCAGAUCUUGGCUGGCAAGCCAGGUGGCGCCGCCACAGGCAAUGAGAUCAGUGGCACCAGCCUGAAACGAAAGGCUGAGGAGGAGACGAUUCCGAGUGAAACUGCUGGACUACCACCACCGAAGACCGAGCGUGAGAGGAAGCUCUACGAGCUCAGGCUGAAGAUGAAUCAAGGCCGCGUGGCAAACAACAAGGAGGUCAUUGAGGAGCAGAAGAGGGAAUCAGAUCCUGGCUACAGCAAGAAGAUGGCCGCGAGGCGAACAGCAGAAGAAGAGAAGAAGGAGGAGGACGACACCAAGAAAGAUUCUCGAACCAGGAAAUCAAACCUUCCAGACGGAAAGGAGUAUCUUGGGGACACCAUAGAGUAUGCAGAGCAGCGUGAGGCAAAGAAGAAGAAAGGAAAUCCUGAUGCCUUCGGCUGGGAUGUCUUCAACCAGGACUCUCUGCUACGUGCCCAUGAGAAGCGACUGAAACACGUGCAAUUCAACCAAGAGGCCUAUGAAAGGCAGAAGAAGGAAAUUGAAGAGGACGGUGAUGGAGGCCUGAAGUUUGCUGGCUUUGGCUUCAAACCCACCGAACAGGCAAAAGAACGCUUGGGAGAAGCGAUGGACAAGAUCCUGGAGAAGAAGAAGGACUUCUCAAGAAGGCGGGCCUACAACGACGACGAGGACAGGACCUACGUCAACGACAGGAAUCGCUUCUUCAACAAGAAGUUGGACCGUUUCUUUGGUGAUUACACCGAGGAAACACGGCAAAACUUGGAGCGUGGCACCGCCCUGUAGCAGCUGCCAGCAGAACCAGCUGGAGGUGUCCUGUGCCAAUGAUCUGCAGUUGCUCCGCAGAUGGCAAGCAAAAGGACUUGAUUUCUCACCCUUUUCUGGUAAAUGACACGCUUACAUAAGGAUCCAAAGCUUGUCCACUGUAUUUGUUUGACAGAAUCCGGAAUCUUUAACGUAAGACCUUUCUAGCUGACAUGAGGGACACUAGUCACUAGUCUUAUCCAGAUACAACACUUUCAAGAUCUUUCAAGCAGGUUCAAGGCGUCCAUCAUGUUGCAUGGCGCAUUCAAUCAUUGUUGUCCGUGUAGGUCAUAAUGUAUGGACCAUGUGUGGUGUUUGCAUGGUAUUGCUUUAUUGGAUCAGUCUUGGAAUAUUAGCAGUGUCUUUUUUCACUUGGGAUAUAUAAAGAAGAAACACUGUCGGUGUCACCUUCUGGCUCAAGCUCCGCUUGCCGGCUCAAACAUUCAGAUUUGCACACAUUCGAACAGUCAGAUUGCAUUUUCCUUGACGGCUUCGAGAGGCUUCCCACCCAUGCAGCAAAGCACAAAGCCAUC